GAACGAGUCAAGCAUGGUGGCUCCCCGCAAAUCGACAUUAUAUGCCGGGUUUUCGCUCGGAUGAGGAAAGCACAGAUUGCGGCAGACCAGAACGCCGCAAGCGCACGGACGGAGAUUACGUCAGCGAGAACAGACCACAUCAAGCAUUUUUGGCGGUUGACGGCAAUAUACCAGACGGUAUAUCGACAUAUCACAUAUCCUAACAUCACCCCUCUCGACAACACUUACACCAAAUGCUUGCGUUCCAUACUAUAUCGUACUACACCCAAGCUGCCUCCCUAAUCCCGGACCCCUCAUUGACAAUUCCAACCAACUGUCGGUACCGCUAACUUGUUCGGGAUACUGUUGCCUUUCAAUGCGAAAUCCCACAAAGCUCUCGAUCCCACUAUGCAACGCACUCCUUUUGCUCCUGCGCCUGCUCAGUCUCCGCCUCUCCAUCAUCCAGUUCCCCAACAUGUGUCUACAGUCCCGAUGAUGCGGUCACCUCCUCCUCCAGCUCCACAGCAUUCCCAGCCGUCUGGUUAUGGUAACCCAUACCAGCCUGCCCCUGCGCAGGGGGGCAGUGGCACAUUUGCACCUGGCUUCGGCGGGUUCAUCUCUGAUCCCACAGCGCAGAUGGGUUUCCAGGUGGGCAAGAGCGCUGUUAUGGCAGGGCAGGAAUAUGUGGAACAAAAUUUAAACCGCUAUGUCUCUAUUCCAGCCUUAAAACACUACUUCAACGUUUCGAACUCAUAUGUACUCAAUAAAAUCACCCUCGUCCUUUUCCCAUGGCGACACAAACCCUGGUCCCGCCAACAAGCACGCUUAAAUCCAGUAACGCCGAGUGUAAAUGGCCAAAUCACACAAGCACAGUACACCUCAAUAUACCUUCCUCCUCGAGACGAUAUCAAUUCGCCAGAUAUGUACAUUCCCGCUAUGGCGUUGUUGACCUACAUUAUUUUGUCGACAGCUCUGGCAGGUCUGCGGGGCGUAUUUCACCCUGAGCUGUUAGGAUCUAUUACCACGACUGCCCUUGCAGUAGUUAUUUUCGAAAUCCUCUGUCUGAAGAUUGCGAUGUACAUUCUCAGCAUUAGCAAUGAUUCACAACUCCUGGACCUGGUCGCGUAUUCUGGCUAUAAAUUUGUGGGCAUCAUUGUUACUCUUGUCUCGUCAGAAGUUCUCACACCAGGACAAGGUACCCGUAGCUGGGUUGGCUGGACCGUAUUUACCUAUACUUUCCUUGCUAAUGCCUUCUUCCUACUCCGAUCUCUUAAAUACGUUCUUCUACCGGAUUCCUCCAGCGACUCCCCGAUGCGAGGAGGCACUAUGCCCACCGUUGCACGCUCGCAGCGCAAUCGACGCACGCAAUUCUUAUUCAUCUACUCGUACAUCGUCCAACUUAUUUUCAUGUGGAUCCUCGGUCGAGCAGAUCCUGUGGCGUCGGCUGUGGUGUCUAAAGUCGGAGGGACUAACAAGCCGUCUUAAGAAUAUCCGUGUCUCUAGCCAUGCCCUGCUCAUGUGCUCUUUGUUAAUAUCUUAUGCAUUGAACAGCAUAGGACAGCGAGAAAAUCGAAUAUCAAGGGAAUCUCUUCUCGCCUCCUCCCAGCGGUUAGCCACGUGCGUUUUUUAUAUUCUCCUUCCAUCUUUGGGAACAAUAUCUGGUUAAUGAGCGCUUUUUUGCCUUUUUCUUCUUGUUAUUUAUGUCAACUUCAUUUUGUGCCCCCAUUGUUUGCGUUUAGUGUUCUUUCAUACUUGGCUAUUCCUACCUACUCUGGGUUUCUCACUAUUAUGAAAUCGUGAGUUUUCUUUGUUGACCUAUAUACUUUAUAUAUCUUUGUCCAGGCUGGGAGUUUGCGGGUGGCGUUUUUCUCAUACAAGAAAUCAAAAUGCGAAUCGCGGUAAACUUAAUGAUUUGAGGGUUCUUAUUUUCUCCUAUUCUCCUUUACUUUUCCUUUUUACUUUUUACUUUUUUAUUUUUUAUUUCUUAUCAUUGACCAGUAUGUAGGCGAAGAUAUCCAAUGGAAAAAUUCCUGCUCAUCCCCAACAUAAUUCCAACAGCAAGGUUUCGCACGUUACCUGGGCUAGCUAGGAGUUUUUUGUUAAAAAUCACCAAACAACCAAACAGAAUCAGAUAAUGAACAUGGGUUACCCAUAAAGCACCCUAAGUAAAAAACAAAAAUGAACUGAAAAUAGGAAGACAGCUUUAAAAUUAUAGAAAUGAAACGCAAAGUAUCCUCAUGCGCACAAGCUGGCAGCACCCCUGCAAUGGCUGCAUGGGCAAACGGCUAUAACGCGACUUGAUUGUGGGUUGUCAGAUAUGCCAGCUUCGCAUAGUCUUCAGAUAAUCCUCCACCAUAGA